AGUGCCGCGGAGCUGAGCGCGGCAAGGCAGAGGGAAGCGUUCGCACGGAGCUUUGUGAAUCAGUUCUCGCGUUUGGGGGUGCGGUGCUGGUAUGGUAGGAAGCGUGCCCCGUGAUCUGGGCUACAGUGGCCAUCAGGGUCGCUUAGCGAGCUGGGAAACGUCGUUUCCUUUCUCUGCCUAAAGGCUGGCGGUGCUCCAGGGAUGCUGUGUGCCUUCUUUGGCAGGGAGAAACUGAUGUAAAUGCUGGUGACCAUGCAGAAUGCAGUUCAGGUGUGGUUUGGAGAUGACCUUCCUUUAAGUCCUCGAAGUCCUCUGACUCCCAGACACGGCCCAGGUCUGGCAGAUGUGUGCCUGUACGACCAGUGGAUAUCUGUGCGGCAUGAAGCAACAUUGGUGCCUAUGCAAGAAGACCUGUCAAUCUGGCUGUCUGGCUUGCUGGGAAUAGAAGUCACAGCAGAGCAACUGCUGGAAGAACUUGAUAAUGGAGUACUACUCUGCCAAUUGAUUGGUGUUCUUCAAAACACAAUUAAAAAAUCAUGUAGCUCAAAUAAUUUAAGGAAUUUUCCAUUGAGAAAAGUUCCAUGUAAGAAGGAUGCUCCAUCAGGAUCUUUUUUUGCCAGAGAUAACACAGCCAACUUUCUUAACUGGUGUAGGGCCAUUGGAGUUGAUGAGACUUACCUCUUUGAAUCUGAAGGUUUAGUUUUGCACAAGGAUCCAAGACAAGUGUAUCUUUGUUUGUUGGAAAUUGGACGCAUUGUAUCCAGAUACGGAGUUGAACCUCCUGUGCUUGUAAAACUGGAGAAGGAAAUUGAGCUAGAAGAAACACUGCUAAGGACCUCUGGACCAGCAUCACCUGUUGACACAGCAAAGUCAUGUUGUCACCAUGGGGAGCUACAUGAGGCAGUUAAACACAUAGCAGAAGAUCCACCUUGCAGCUGCUCCCAUCGAUUUUCCAUUGAAUAUUUAUCUGAGGGACGUUAUAGACUGGGAGAUAAAAUAUUAUUCAUACGAAUGCUCCACGGCAAACACGUGAUGGUCCGUGUUGGUGGAGGAUGGGACACACUCCAAGGCUUUCUGCUUAAGUAUGAUCCCUGCCGAGUGCUUCAGUUUGCAACUCUGGAGCAAAAAAUCUUGGCUUUUCAGAAGGGAGUCACCAGUGACCAUAUCUCCAACUCAGCAGCCAGAAUUCAGGAACCUCCUGUCAUGAACCCAAUGUCAGCUGUCAGUAUGUUUCAAAAGCAACCAGCAAACCCUCCUACUCCUGUUCCAGCCCUAAAAGCUGUCCAUGGGGCAACAGUUAAGAAGCCUUUGUCUAAACAUCCUCAGCCUCCUGCCCUGACUUCACCGAGGGUGCCAGUGCACACAUCCUCCGCUGCCAAGUUGUUGUCAGCCAGACCCAAACUAGCAGAUGCUCAGUCUCCUUUCAAACCAUUGAUGGGCACCUCAAAGAAACUGGCAUCUCCUGCGCACCACUCGCCAUCUCCUGUUCCUUCGCUGCCUGCAAGCAAGAGUUCUUCAUCUACAAGAUCAAGAGCAGCUCUUGUUCACUCUGAAACAUUACGCAAACGUAUUCGCUCCCCUGAUGCUCCAAAGGUGAGAUUUGCCCCGGCCCAAGGCUCCCCAGCAACAGGGAUGCAUUCUGCGCUCUCAGCAUCUAAGAAGCAGUUGUCUCAGUUGCCUGCAACAAGUGAAACAUUGGCUUCGAAACAGAAGUGUGUCCCCUCCAAAUCUAAACCUGCACCUGUCACUAAAACCAAGAUAAAUUCUGUUGCUCCGAGACCAGCCCAGCCACCUGUUAGCAAUCUGCGUGCUGUUGCCAAGUUUGCACAUUCCCAGCAGCUCUAUGUGAAAUCUCCUUCUGAAAAUACUAUUCAGGGAUCAGGAACUGGGUCUCAGCAUCCUCGGAAAGCUCCACAAACAGCUUCUCAUCUGGCAAGGAACCUGAAGACUGCUUCAAUCCUAAAGCACUCAGCUUCUGUACCUUCCCUGGCAGUUAGUAAAUCAUUGAAGUCACCACCUACGCUGGGAUCCAGAAGCAAAAAUCUAAUAGCAUCUGUCAAUAAGACACCAACCACAGAGCAUCUAGAGACCCAAAAUGUCAAUAAGCCCCCUGAGGUUGGAUCCUCCUCAUCCAAACCUCCUGAACGCACUCCGCUCUCUGUUGUGCGGCUUCCUCAAACUUCAGCCAAAGUGGCAGUGACCAAAAAAGCAGUGCAGCCCUCCACAAAAAGUCAGCCUUCAAGCACAGACUUGGAAGCCAAUGGAAACUUGGUCCCAGCAGCCAAGAAACCUCUCUCUAAAGGAAAAUCAGCAACACCUUGUAACAAAGGAGCACCUAGUGCAUCGAAAGGGCCUCUUCUGAAGAGCAAACAAGAUGAUCAUUAUUUUGUUAUGACUGGGAGUAAAAAGCCCAGAAAGUAAACCUAUCUGUUAACUUCUGUGGAAGUCCCUGUAACAUUCAAAUGGGCCUCUGAAAAUUGCUAUGCUAAGGACAAAAAUAAGUUAACUGACACUACGUGUGCCAUUCCAAAUGUUAGGCAUGAUUACAUUUUGCUGCAUAACUUACAGUAAUAACUGUAUUUAUUUUGCAGUUUUAAAACUUUUUUUAGAUAUAUUUACAAGUAAGCUUGCUUGCACUGUGGAAUAGAGGAUAACCAUGUUUGCUGCUAGCCUGACCUGCUGUGGAGAAAGGCAGGAGAGAGGAAGGGGAGCUGGAAUGCUGCUGCUGUUUGUUUUCCAGGGAGUUAAGCUGAGCAAUUCUGGUUGUUCUAAGCCAUCUGCAUCAAGGCCUGUGGCAAGUGAUAGAGCUGUGCAGAUGCUAUAAAAUUUCUAAUACCUCAAACAAAAUUGUUGAGGGUUUUUUCCCUUUCCUUUUUUUUUUUUUUUUUUAAUUUUCAAGUUUGUUAGUGUUUCAGGACCCAAAAUCUGGGUAUCCUGUGUGUAUUAGAGACAUUGGAAGACUUUUUUUUUUUUUU